AUGUUUAGAAAGAUUCAUUCCAUCUUUCAGUCCAACGCCCAGAGGAAGUCCAUGACUGAUGAAAGCUCUUACUAUGAUGGAACCAGCCCAACAGUAAGGCUGAUCCGCAGUAGCUCUGUGUACGUUGUAGGGGGCAAUGGGGAGAAAUUCAGUGAGUCCUUAAAAAAGUACAAAAGCACGACCAGCAUUGACACCAGCAUGUACUACCAGCACUACGAAGAGGACCAGGCAUGGUCCUACUGCCGGACUCAGGACUGCUUGCAAUACUUACAGGACCUUUUAGCCUUGAGGAAAAAAUAUCUUGACAGCCUCAAUGAUUUGAAGGCCAGUCGCGCCCAAGGGAUUUCUUCAACUUCUUCCAAAUCUUCCAAAGGAGGAAAAAAACCUUUUGCCCCAUUACAUCUUAAGGAACCUAAGAAAAUAGCACCAAAGAAAGCCCCACAUUUGAAUGCAGAUGUAAUGGAAGCCAUUGCUUUCUUCGAUUCCAUCAUUGCUGAAUUGGAGACAGAGAAACGUCCCCGAGGUCCUGUGGCAGAACCUGCAAAUGAAGACGUUGACUUUGAUGUGGCAACCAGCUCCCAAGAACACAGCUUGCACUCCAACUGGAUCCUUCGGGCUCCUCGAAGGCACUCAGAAGACAUCACAUCUCAUACCAUUCGAAUAGUGGAAAGUCAUCUUCGGAAAAACAUUGAAAGGAGAACCAUCAGCACUCAGAGGAGGCUGGAGAGGCAUCCCAUUUACUUGCCCAAGGCAGUCGAGGGUGCUUUCAGUACCUUAAAAUUUAAGCCCAAAGCCAGUGAAAGAGACCUGGGCACCUCCAAGCAGAUUCUCUUCAGCCUAGCAUGUGAAGAACCAGAAUGGGAUAUGGAGUUCUCCCUGGAGUCAAUGGGAACACCAAGAGAAGAGAGCUACGAGACAGAGGUUCUCUCUGGACAGUGGUUCCUUUCAGAGAGGCCUUGGCAGCAGACUAUGUACUGA